GAUCUCGGCGAUCUCGCCUCGCACGUCGUUCAUGGUUGUCACUCGUCAAGUGUCGCGGCAAACACACAGAAUUGCGAACGAAGUAUUUUGAAACGGAGAUAUUAACGUGGACAUUAUUGAAAUACUCCGAAUUUAGCCAUGGCCGAUGUUUUGGACAUCGACAACGCCGAGGAGUUCGAAGUUGACGACGAGGGAGAUCAGGGUAUCGCUCGUCUCAAGGAGAAGGCGAAGAAGAGGAAGGGCAGAGGCCAUGGCGCGGAAUUGGUGUCAACGAGAGACGACGUUGGGCACUAUGAGUCCAUGAGUAUAGUUGAGGAGGACGACAACGAGCCUGGCCCUCAGAGAUCCGUGGAGGGAUGGAUCUUGUUCAUAAAUUCGGUACAUGAAGAGGCGCAGGAGGACGAUAUUCAGGACAAGUUCUCCGAGUUUGGUCAGAUCAAGAACUUGCAUUUGAAUCUGGACAGAAGGACGGGAUUCCUGAAGGGCUACGCGUUGGUGGAAUACGAGACGUUUAAGGAGGCGCAGGCUGCGAAGGAGGCUCUGAACGGCACGGAGAUCCUGGGUCAGGCCAUCUCUGUCGAUUGGUGCUUCGUCAAAGGACCAAAGAAAAUCAGAAAAAGAAGUCACAGGAGGCGAUGAGAAUCGUAGAUUAAUAACCAUCAUCAUAUCCUCUAUUAUGUAUUCGUCGUUUCAAGCAGGGCAAGUUAUCUUGUAUUUGAUGAGUAUUCUGUAAAUGCUGGAAAUAACGUAAGUUACUUUUUCUAACGGGAUCUCUCUGUCGUGUUAGAUAUCUAUUCGCAAUCUAUUCGAAUGUAAAGAACUUGAUAUAUAACGAGUAAUUAAUAAAUGAAAGAUCAUGAACCCGUCCGGA